CGGCUCGGGAAAUGAUGUCCACGGGAUGCGAUACCCUGUGAGUCAACCCAAAAAAGGCAAGAGCUCAGCGGCUGGGAGGAGGGGGCACGACUGGAGGAACAGAGAAGCUCCCAUUUCUGCAAAGGACAUGUCCUGUGAAUACUGACUUGCCUACGGUUUUAUGUACUGAAGCCAAGGACCCCAGGAACAGUAUCCUCCUUUGUGUACUCAGGUCACUUUCCAAAUUCCACAAUGUUUGAUGGGGAUUAUGAUUACCUCAUCAAAUUUCUAGCGUUGGGAGACUCUGGCGUUGGAAAGACUAGUUUCCUCUAUCAGUAUACAGAUGGGAAAUUUAACUCAAAGUUCAUCACGACAGUGGGCAUUGACUUUCGGGAAAAGCGAGUGGUGUACCGAUCAAAUGGCCCAGAUGGUACUGCGGGCAGAGGCCAGAGGGUUCACCUGCAGCUGUGGGACACUGCAGGGCAGGAACGAUUCCGCAGUCUGACAACUGCCUUUUUCAGAGAUGCAAUGGGUUUCCUUCUGCUUUUCGAUUUAACCAAUGAGCAAAGUUUCCUUAAUGUUAGAAAUUGGAUAAGCCAGCUUCAAAUCCACGCGUACUGUGAGAACCCAGACAUUGUGCUGUGCGGAAAUAAAAGUGAUCUGGAAGAUCAGAGAGUGGUAAAGGAAGAGGAGGCCAAGGAAUUUGCAGAGAAAUAUGGAAUUGCUUACUUUGAAACAAGUGCCAUUGAUGGAACUAAUGUCAACAAAGCCGUAGAUACUUUGCUGGACCUGAUCAUGAAGCGCAUGGAACGGUGUGUGGACAAGUCUUGGAUUCCCCAAGGGGUGGUUCGGUCCAAUGGCCACAGCUCUACGGAGCAGUUAACUGAGGACAAAGAAAAGGAGAAAUGUGGCUGCUGAGACAUCCCUAUAUUAAUAAAAAUUGAUAAAUAUGCCCCAUUCAAUAACCCCUUACCUUACGUACACCUUUUUUUUUUGUGUACAGUCAAAGUUUUCUGUAUGAGAAAUGCAAAACGCGCUCAUGUCUGUUUGCACACAGCGUGUACUGUUUUAUGAAAAACUAAAUGGUCAUUAUUUCAGAACUUAGCCUAAGGAGUGACUGAGCCAGCCUUAUUCCAGCACUCAAAAGGUUAAUACUACAAUACUGAAAUAUGUGCAAUAUCCGUUUUUUAUAUGCGGCACAAUUACAAUCAUCCACAACCUUACUCAUAGGCAUAUCAAUUGUUGGGAAAGAAAGAAAAAAUAGCUCAUUGUGAGAUGUUGGAAUAUGGCAUUUUAUCUCUGGAGGUAGUGCUAGACUGGCCUCUUGUAAUAUAGGAAAUAUUAAUCCCCUGUUUCGAUAUUCUUAUAUGAACCAGAACCAGCCCAUUUUUUUUAUGUAUGUGUGCACAUAUAUAUUAAUGCAUAAAUUUUAUGUAAAAUUUCUUAUGUUUCAACAGGAAUUUAGGGCAGAAUAAAUACCAGCACAAUUUCAUCAGGGCUGGGGCUAAGCGAUGAAAUUGUAUGUGCCAAGUGUGCUUUUUGGGACUCUUUUUGGAUAGAGGCAGUUCCAUUUUGGUCCUGGUGAGACAUGCUUCACAGAUCUCAAUGUUGCGUGAUGCCUAAUUCUAAAUCUUGGGUUGGAAAAUGUUAAGUGGAUAAAGAUUCCAGUUGCUAUUUCUGCUUCUUCCUUUCGGUGUUAAAUUUGGUGUUUCUGGUUUUCUUUCUUUUCAUUUUUGCCUCCAUUUGAUUUUUUUCCCCUGCCGUUUGUAACUUUGAAAUAAU